AUGCGCAUAAAUGUUUCGACCGAUGCAGCUAACCCAGCAUAUCUUCUCGGAUUAAAACCAGAGGAUAAGGCGACGAUCGUUUCUCGAGAAUGGUAUAUUCAGAGUACCAUUCGAUACCAUGGAAACAUUACGGAAUUCAGGUUCGACGAAUGGGAGAUCAAGAGUAGUCUCUCAAUAACCAGUGGGAUCAGAGCAACGGUGGCUUUGAUUGCUGGUUGGGACUACGAGGUUUCCGCAAAUGAGACCGGGCCUGCUCUCAUUGCUGAGUUUUCAAACCCAACAAACGGCACCCAACCAAUCCAAGUCCAACGCAAAGCAACAGAUAUCGGACACCGUCUACCAAGUUGCGGAGGACAUGAUCCCGGUAAAAUGUACUUCAUGCCAGCCGGCUUGAAGCUCCAUUUCAAUUUGACGCUCGAGAGAACAGGCGAUGGGCAAAAUAACGGGGAGGGCGUCAUUGGAUUCAAAGACAACAAUGCGCUUAGUCUGUCAACAAAAUUGCAGCGUGUUGAAGGCUGUGCGCGGGCGGAUUGUAGUACAGAUAGAACUGGGUUUAAGAGAUGCUACAGCCAGUACAGUGAAUGA